UGGGCUAUAUGGACCUUGAACCCACAAACCCACAUGGUCCCGCUUCAAAUCUCUAUAUAUUCACUUCCUUCAUCAAACUAAAUUUUCAAUCAAAUACCCUCUUAUAAGGGAAAUCAAUUCACCCUUCAUCAAAUUACACACUCUUCUCAAUUUCCUCGUUACCAACUUUUCCAAUUAUGGCUUCUUCUACUCAAUUUGUCAUCACUUUGGUUGCCCUAAUUCUCUACCAACUCGUAAUAGGUUCAUAUUCAACAACAUUCACAAUUGUGAACAAUUGCGGUUACACAGUUUGGCCGGGAAUUUUAUCCGGCGCCGGGACAGAACCGUUCUCCACCACCGGCUUCGUUCUCCAACCAGGCGAGUCCAAUGCUCUCGCUGUACCACCAUCAUGGUCCGGCCGUGUAUGGGGACGAACACUCUGCUCCCAAGACCCCACUGGAAAAUUCUCAUGCAUCACCGGCGACUGUGAUUCCUCCACCAUCGAAUGUGCCGGAAGAAACGCUAUACCACCGGCAACAUUAGCAGAAUUCACACUCAACGGUUCCGGAGGACUUGAUUUCUUCGACGUUAGUCUCGUCGACGGUUACAAUCUCCCAAUAUUAAUCGAACCACACGGUGAAACCGGCGGCGGAAACUGCACGGCAACGGGUUGCUCCGUCGACUUAAACGCGGCGUGUCCGAUGGAGUUGAAAGUGAUAAGUAGUAAUAACGGCGGUGAAGAGAGCGUGGCGUGUAAAAGCGCGUGUGAAGCGUUUGGGGAUCCGCAAUAUUGCUGCAGUGGCGCUUAUGGUUCCCCGGAUACGUGUAAACCAAGUUCCUACUCGCAGUUUUUUAAGAGUGCGUGUCCACGCGCUUAUAGUUACGCUUAUGAUGAUGGAACUAGCACUUUCACUUGUGCUUCUGCUGAUUAUACCAUCACUUUUUGCCCCACACCCUCCGCAAGUUCAAUCAAAUCUGGGAAUGGAAAAUAUCCUUUGCCGGCUACUGACGUGUCUGGUGUUCGACAUGUGGAUCAGAGAGUCAACAACGUUGUUAUUGCUUUUGUUUUGAUGGCUUUGGUGGUUGAACGGUUGUGGUAACUUAACUAGUUGCUCUAAUGUCACAUAACAUGGCUGGUGGUGAAUUUGGUGGGCUGUGAUUUUCUGUCACAAAACAGCUUAAUCAAUAUGAAUCCUGCAAAAUUUGGUUUACUAGCAACUUGAUAUUGGACAUAUGCAAUCAUAAUCUUAUGGAGUAUCAAAGAUUGCAACUUCUCAACUUGAACAACCAAAAAUUAAUUUAUUAGUUUUUUUAAUUUAAUUAGCAAAAUUAAUUAGUUAUAUUAUAGGAAGUUCAAGUAGGAACAGAGUUAGGCAGGUAGCAUAAUUACAUCAGCUCACAAGUCUCACACCAUUCAUAUGCUGUCCUCUAUCUGAAGUGACAAAUUAAGGCAUUUUAGGAAAUUCAUAAAAUAUAUCAAUUUGCUCUCCAAUUGUAAUUAUAAACAUGAUUUUAUUAAAAUAAAGGAGGAGUACAAUUUUGAUUCGA